UGCAUGACAGAUGAACCACGCCCAAAGGAGGAGAACCCAAAACUUCCUUAAACUCACUUCUGCAGUCACUCGUUCCGUGCGCACUUUAUUCGGAUCCUCCAGAGAAACUGCGCAACCAUGUCGGGAAUGGCAUCCACUCUGGCCCAGAAGCGAGCUCGGGCUGCAGGUUUCGGCACCAACCAGAACGCCAACAAAUACCUGAACCAGGACUUCGAGGCGCUCCGGAGUCAGUGCCUGAGUCAGGGGCAGCUGUUCUGUGAUCCUUAUUUCCCAGCUGCGCCUGAGUCUCUGGGAUUCCGGGAACUCGGACCCCAUUCCUCCAAGACUAGAGGAGUGCAAUGGCAAAGACCUGGAGAGUUGUGCUCCAGUCCCCAGUUCAUCACCGGAGGAGCAACACGGACCGAUAUCUGUCAAGGAGCUUUGGGCGAUUGUUGGCUGUUGGCAGCCAUUGCAUCUCUCACGUUGAACGAAGAUGUGAUGGCCAGGGUGGUCCCCAGCAACCAGGAUUUCGAGUCUAACUAUGCCGGAAUAUUCCACUUUCAGUUCUGGCAGUUCGGUGACUGGGUGGACGUUGUCAUUGAUGAUCGGCUACCCGUGAGGAAUGGCGAGCUGCUGUUUGUCCACUCGGAGGAAGGCAGUGAGUUUUGGAGCGCCCUACUGGAAAAGGCGUACGCUAAGGUAAACGGCUCAUAUGAGGCUCUAUCUGGAGGCUCCACCACUGAGGGCUUUGAGGAUUUCACCGGUGGGAUUGCUGAGCAGUAUGAACUGAGGAGAGCACCAGAUGACAUGUUCCAGAUCAUCCAGAAAGCGCUGGCGUCUGGAGCACUACUCGGCUGCUCCAUAGACAUCACGAGUGCUGCUGAUUCAGAGGCCAUCACACGGCAGAAAUUGGUGAAGGGACACGCCUACUCGCUGACAGGGGCUGUUGAGGUCAAUUACCGUGGUGGUUUGACGAAGCUGGUGCGCAUGAGGAACCCAUGGGGUCAGGUGGAGUGGACUGGAGCCUGGAGUGAUGGCUCGCAUGAGUGGGACUCUGUGGAUCCUUCGGAGCGGCCGAACGCCAGCAUUGAAGAUGGGGAGUUUUGGAUGUCGUUUUCGGAAUUCCUGCAGCAGUACUCGCGUGUUGAGAUCUGCACCCUGACGCCAGACGCCAUCACAAGCGACAAGGUAAAGCCGUGGGGCGUGACCAACUUUCACGGAACCUGGAGGAAGGGCUCCACAGCCGGAGGGUGCAGGAAUCAUCCUUAUACAUUCUGGAUGAACCCGCAGUUCGUUAUCAAGGUGGAGGAUGAGGAUGAAGACCCGGGCUGCAGCCUUGUAGUGGGUCUGAUCCAGAAGAACCGGCGCCGUUUAAGAAAAGAGGGACAAGAUAUGCACACCAUUGGCUACGCCAUCUACGAGGUGCCUUCAGAGUUUGAAGGCCAGAGGAACCUGCACCUGGACAAGAAUUUUUUCUUGAGGCACGCGCAAAAAGCUCGCUCUGAGACCUUCAUCAACCUGCGCGAGGUCAGCACACGGUUCAGUCUGCCUCCUGGCGAAUACCUCAUUGUGCCUUCCACCUUCGAGCCCAACAAGGAUGGUGACUUCUGCCUGCGUGUCUUCUCUGAGAAGCAGACCAAGACAGAGCGCUGUGAUGAUCCUAUUGAUGCUCAGUUAAAGGAUGAAACCGUGUCCGACAGUGAAGUCGAAGAAGGCUUCAGGAACCUGUUCUUGAAACUGGCAGGAAAUGACAUGGAGAUCUCUGCUGCAGAGCUCGGAAAAAUCAUGAACAAAGUUGUCGCAAAACGAACUGACAUUAAGACGGACGGCUUCUCCAUGACCACAUGUCGCACCUUUGUCAACCUCAUGGAUGACACCGGCAAUGGGAAGCUUGGCUUGGGCGAGUUUGCCACGUUGUGGAAGAAAGUGCAGAAAUACAUGGACAUCUAUAAGGAAAACGACAGGGAUGGUUCUGGGAACAUAAGCACAACAGAGCUUCGUGGUGCACUGUCGAGAGCUGGCUUCACCCUGGAUGAUACCAUCUUCCAGAUUUUGGUGGCCCGCAACGCUGAUCCUGACCUCAACAUUGACUUUGAUGACUUUGUGGGCUGCCUUAUGCGAUUGGAGCUGAUGUUCAGAGUUUUCAGGAAGAUGGAUCCCAAGGAAACAGGUUUCUUAGAGUUGGAUUUUGAAAACUGGCUGUACUUAACUAUGAUUUAAGCAGCUCCAGCCUGAGCACAGCAGACAAGAUAAGAGUCCAAUCCUAAAAAUUCUCCAUUGCUUCAACAUGAUUCUUAAGGCAGGCAGUUUACAUCAGGACUUGCAAAAAAAUUUUUUUUUCUCUACAAUAGAUUUAUUCGGAAAGUUAAAAGGGUGCUAUAAUACCAUAUACAGGGAAAUAGCAUGAUGUUAUGGGAUUGCAAAUUGUGCAUAAAUCAUAAAACUAUGCAAAGUAAAGACUUGUGUUUAUUAUAGGCUAUAUAUAUAUAUAUUUUAAAAAAACUAUUAUAUUGUUCACUUUUUGGAUACUUUUUUGAUAGAUGUUUACCAAAAUUUGAAUUUCUUCAUGAUUUUACAUUUUUGUGACAAUCGAGCCAUCACAAAAGUAAAGACUGUGUUGCCUUGGAACAGCCAUAGGCUGAUGUAUCAUGUUUUACAUAGCAUGAUAUCCAAUCGUUACAUCAUUGUAUAAUUCAAAAUCUGCCUUUCGUUUUAUUUGGUUGAAGUUUAAGGGAUAAGGGUGAGGGGAAAAAUGAGGUCUAAGUUUAAAAAACACUAUGCUACUCUUAAAUCUGACAUGCUUGUGUUGAAAUUUAUUAUGAUGUGCUCUAUCUGACAUUCCUUUUCUCUAUGGUUUAGUGUUUAAAGUACCCCUGAAGUCUUAACUGAAAGACAGAUGAUUCAGAGAGCAUCAUGUAUGAGCUCAUUUUAUGAUGUCACAAAACAGACACAAGGGCUUGAACCUAUCACAGACUAGUAUGCUAAAAUAUGCAAAUGAUUAGAAGGUAACUGGGAAAGUUUAGCUAGAAAGAAGACGUGUUUGGAGUGAAUGAAUCAUGGUUGGUAUUGUAUUUUCGAUAAAUCACUUCUAGUAGGACCAUGCUAAUCGAGCGCAGGUUGGUGUACACAUACAGUGUCACGUUUCGCCGUGUUGCUCAAGGGGUGGAGUUUUAUCCAUUUUCAAUUUGUAUUCGUAGAUUGUUGCAUUAUUUGAAGAGAAAGGUGUCGGUCUGUGACUUUUAGGUCUUUUUUGCCAUUGAAAAAUACGUUUCUGAUUUAAAAGGACACCUACAGGGGUACUUUAAUCACCUGAUUUCAUUGUGAGCUUGUGUUUUGGUGGGUGUUUGGUCGAGUGUUGUUGUUGUUGUUUAGUUUUUUCCUCAGUGGUGGUGUCCGUAACUAUUUCACAAUGUACUGACAAAUGUAUUUUGGCUUUUCUUUACCAUUAAACAUCUUUGUAGCUUCAAGAAACAAA